AUGUCUUCACAAACACCGGAUCUGAAUUCUCGACGAGCUUGUGACCCUCCGAAAGAGUUUGAAGGCCGGAUUUGCGUUGUAAGUUUCAAUUGAUUAUGAUUGAUGUUUCACAACUGUGAUGUUAAUUAUUUAAGAUCUCUUGAAGUGGUGACUCAUUAUUUUUUAUUAAAGGACUUUAAGAAAAAUAUUAUUCUGGUAUAAUUGUUAGAAACUUGCACGUUCAAUGUAAUCUCAAGGUCCUUAAAGUAUUCUUCGCAAAAUUUAUGCUAGAAACACGUUCCUUGAAUUGAAAAAAGUACUUAGAAACUCCAAAUUGGUCACUAUAGUGGCCCCUUAGAAGACCUUGGAGUGUUCUCUCUAGGGACCACUUUACCAGCCUCCAAAACUUGCAAAAGUGGUCCCUAUAGGGUUUUCAGUGAGUGGUCAUUAUAGGGAACAUGCUAGCCGAUAACUGUUAGGUUCUCGAACGAAGAAGCAUUUCCAUGGCCAUAGAUUAGACCCUAAAACCCUAUAUGGACCACUUUCUCGACCCCUAGAGAGGUUGUUUUCCGCUCUAACCCCUAUAGGGACCACUCUGGAAUUCCUUAGUAUAUAAAAUUUUUCUGACUGAAAUUCCCAACAAACAGAUAUGUGCCGAUCGAGCUAGUGGCUACAAUUUCGGGAUUUUAACCUGCGAAUCGUGUAAAGCUUUCUUCCGGAGGAAUGCCUUGAGAGUGGAGGUACAAAACUUUAAACAAAAGAAAAGCGAAUUCCAUGAUUCAGAGCAUCAAAUGUCCUUUUUCGAACUCGUGCGAGAUCACAGCGUCUUCCAGAAGAUUCUGUCAGGCUUGCCGGUUGAGCAAAUGCUUUAGGGUUUUACAUUACUUUUUCGAAAAGUUCGAAAAUUUCCAAAUUCAGGUGGGAAUGAACAACCAAUGGCUGACAGACGCGAAGAAUUCUCAAAAGUUGAAGAGGAAGAAAAUCAAACCUCACGUUUGUUCCAAGGAACUUUUUCUAAAAUUUGAAGACUUCAGAAAGUGGAGACGACUGAUGAAGAAGAGGAUAAGGUUAGUGUGUCGAAGGCGUAUCUGGAGGAGUUGCAGAAAAAAGCUAAAAAGUCAGUUUUGUGAUUUUCGUGUACCUUGGCUUUUUUUUUUUGAUUUUUUAGGCGGCCUUCAUCUUGUUCUUGCACCUGCACUUGCGGCUUCUACGAACGGGGUACAAAACUUUCCGAAGAUGGGGUAAUUUUUACUGUUUUUCGGAUAAAUAUUGAACAAAAAUACAGCUAGCAAAAACAUUUCUUGAAAUUGAAAAUCUUGGAUUUGUAAUAAUUAGCAAGGGCUUCUACUGAAUUGACUAUAAGCUCAUAGCUUAUAAGAAUUUUCAAGUUGACAUAGACUUUUUGGAUGAGACUAAAGAUUUUUUCGGGCGCUAUCCCAAACAUUCUCGAAAAAUUUCAAGUGGCCACUUCAGGGUCCAAGAUGUGCAGUGUUCUCUCCAAGUAGUCCUAUAGUGUAAGACACAAAAUACUGGCUUUUAUAGAGGUGGUUAUAGUGGCCACUUAAGUGACUAUAAAUUAGUGGUCUCUUUAGAAGUCUAAGAGGUAUUAGUAAACAACUAAAACUGUAGUGGACACUAAGAAGCUAAAUAGUGGCUUCUAUAGUGGUGGUUCUAGUGGCCACUUUAGCUUCCUCUUCAAGUAGUUCUUGAGGAAUCUCUUAAGAGGUCACUAGCCGUCCCAGGGAGUCAGGAAACACGUUCUAAGUGGUCACUAAAGAGGCUCAAAGUUAGUAGCCACUACAGUUAAAUGGAAAAUCCGCUGAUUGAGUUCUGAGUGGUCACUUAAGAAAAGAUACAUGACCUCAUAGCGGAUAACCUGUUUCCCCUUCAAGUAGUUCUUGAGGGAUCUCUAGAGGCCACUAGAGUUUUUCGCAGUUUUGCCGGAUUCGUAGGGUUCUCAGCAACAUCUAGUUUGACUAACGUUCUUCUUUUUUCAGAGAAAAUUUGAAGCUAUGAAGAAUAAUUCAGAACGAUCAGACGGUCAGAAAGACGUCCACUAGCCGCGGAGUCGUGUCGCCACCUUUUGGGACUCCUUCUCCACUCAACGUCGAAGAACACCUCACGACAGCUCCGAUCGGCUUCUCCGCCAUCAGAGCCCCUCCACCUUCGGUUCCGGUCUCGAUUCCGCAGUUCACUCAGCUACCACCGGCCCCAAAUGUCCUUCCUCGUCCCACAGCGUUCCCUGCCUGGCAGCAAAUGGGCCAGUAUCUCCACUCAGCCACGGCUUUCAACCUUCCCGGCCCUUCGAUGGCUCCGGUCUCCAGAUGGGACGUCUUCCACGACCUCAGCUUGCCCUUUUCAUCGUUGGUUCUUCAUUGGGAAUUUAGUUUUUGACUUGGAAAGCUUCCAAAGUUUGCUCUAACGCUAAGCUUCCUAGAUUCACUUUGAGGAGAUCAAGUGGACACUAAAGAGCCGCAAAAACCACUCAAGUGAUCUGAAUUGUCCGGAAGGUGUAGAGCACCCCUGGAGCUUCCCCAUGAGUCUAGGAUAAUCGUAAAGAUUGUUUUAUAGAGCAAACUUUCAAGGCUUGAAAAGCUGUUAUUUAACACAAUUUGAAUAUUUUCUGACCAGGGAAUGAUCUCUGGACGCAGUGGGACUUCCGAAUGAGACCAAGUUUACUAAAUGUAGUUUUUCACGCUGAUUCCAAAUCUAGUCUUAAAAAGUGCCCAAAACGUCUUUGAAAAAAGUUAUGGACCUCAAAAGUCGAAAUUUUCGAUGUUUCCGAUUGAUCUGAUAUUUGGAGGGCCCUGAUAUCCUUGUUUCCUUUCCAUAAAAAAAAAAGCUCAAUUUAUUUUUUGUGACCCGGAAAACAAGAACUAUAUACCCUCCAAAUAUCAGCUCAAUCGGAAACAUCGAAAGUUUCGACUUUCGAGGAUCCAUAAAUUUUUUCACAGACCUCGGUGGCAACUUUUGAGACCAGAUUUGGAAUCAGCGUCAAAAACUGCAUCUAGUUUGUUUUUAUUCUGAAGUUUCGCUCCCGAGACCAUUCCCUGGUGAGCUUUGUUUGAAAGAUAACUGUUAAGGGACUAUCAUCUCUCCCUGUCCAUGACGAAUCCGGAAAUCUCCAAGUACUCAAACUUGACCGAAGAAGAGUUAUUGAUUCUGGAUGAGCUCUACAUUACCAGUGAGCCGCUGAAAGAUCCGAUCGGCAAUCAAUACAACCAAAAUGAGAUUUCGGUGAGUUUAAAGGAAUUUCAAGUCUUGCAAGAGCAACUUUUGACACAAUUUGCAACGAUAAGAGAUUAAAAAAUCCGUUUCAAAGCGAAACGCCAUCAAAAUGCUGAAUUCAGGGCGUUCUGAAGAUUUCCGGCGAGGCGCUUCAACGGAUUCUGGUCAUGGCUGGAAGGCUUCAGGCUUUCCGAGACCUUGAAAUUCACGAUCGUAUGCAAUUGGUCAAAAGUAGGCUUCAUGAAAUGAAUAUAUACUCAUUUUAAAGUUUGAGGCGGUUUUGGCGAGUUGUUGGCCGUUCGGGGACUGAUGGCUUUUGACAGAGAAUCCAAGACUUGGCGACACUCGGCAAGUUGUUCUCCCACCUUCUGAAUCACCUUUUCUCAUUAAGUCCGAGAUGGAGGUCAAGAUCGACGUCUUGAAAAUCGACGGUCCGGAACUUCAGCUCUUCAUGGAGCAGUAUUUCAAGUAUGAAUCAUAUAAUUUUGUGGAGAAGUGGUCACUUAAGAGGCUCAAAGUUAGCAGCCACUAUAGGGAGUCAGAAAACUCGCUAAUCGAGUUCUAAGUGGUCACUGAAGGGGCUCAAAGAUAGUAGCCAUUAUAGGGAGUCAGAAAUUAAGCUGAUUGAGUUCUAAGUGCUCACUAGAGAGGCUCAAAGUCAGUAGCCACUUCAGGAAGGCAGAAAGUACGCCGAAUGAGUUCUAAGUGGUCACUGAAGGGGUUCAAAGAUGGUAGCCAUUAUAGGGAGUCAGAAAACACAAUGAUUGAGUUCUAAGUGGCCGCUGAAGGGGCUCAAAGAUAGUAGCCACUAUAAGGAGUCAGAAAUGAAUCUGAUCGAGUUCUAAGUGGCCACUCAAGAGGCUUAAAGAUAGUAGCUUCUACAGGGAGUCAUAAGGAAGCCUUUUAAGUGACUCCUGGUGGAUUUCUAGCGUCUACUUUAGUGGUUUUCAGGUAUACCUUAUCACUACCCUAAUAUUUCUUUUAGACUUGUCGACGCGACUGAAGACAUUAGGACCAAUUACACGAUCAUGCUCCUCCUCACAGCUAUCGUCAUUUUUAGACCAGGUUUUUUGAUUUCUCUAGUUUUCUAUGAUGAUUUUUGUCUCAGAACUUCCCAACCUCAAAGAGCAGCACAAAGUCUGUCGAGCACAGAACAUUUACUACGGCAUCCUGCUCAAGUUGGUUGCUUUUUAGUGUUCAGAGGGGCAUAUCUUUGGUUUCAGAGUCCUGCAAGUCGAGUUCCCGAGGGAAGAGGCCAUGAGGAAGUACAACCGGCUGUUGGCCUUGGUCGUCGAACUUCACACGGUGAACAAGGCCAUGGUGCGGGUUUUCUGCGGCUUCGACCACGCCGUCCUCGAUCCGCUGCUCCGCGAGCUUUGCGACAAGAUUUAG